AUGUCUGAGAUGAGUUCCACUACCAUGGUCCUUCCCCUUCCGACGGACGGUGACAGUACCAGCCCGAGAGUCAGCCCCAGCAACUUUGACUCAAAGGAGCGGUCGCGGCCAGCCGACAAUGGUGAGGGGCGGCGCCAAUGUGCUCUCCGGCAGGACAUGCACACCUUCUUCGGCCCCAACUGCGAGAACACAACCGGAACACAACCACGCGUGGACCAAGGGAGGCCUCAAGAGCUCAUCGCCGAGAAGGGCCGUGCUCUCAGCCAGGAGAUUCAGAGCAGCGACUGCCUCCUGGACCUUGACCUUCCACAAGGGGAGGCGGCGAGCGUCCACGUCAACGAUGAUGCUUUCAGAAGGCCCAGCCACCAUGCAAUGUCACAGUCGACCUUCACUGAGGAGGGGGGGCCGGGGCCACAAAGGGCCGAGGAGGUGGCCAUCCAGGCGAUGAAGACGGAGUUCGAGAAGGCUGCCGGUGAGCCAAAUGAAGGGGCCGAAGGGUACACAGCACUAAUUUGGUAACAGUACAAACCUGGUGAGUCCUCUGCUUGGCUGCACCGAUGUCCAGGGUACCCGGCGGCCUUUGAGGAAUUCGAAUCGCACCUGGUCUAUGAACAGAAAACCGUAGCGGAUGACGGCGAGACAAUUCACCUGCGGGAAGUGCUGGUCGGCACUCGGUUUACGCCUGAGCCAUUCAUGCGGUCAUUGCGGCGAGUGGUGUGUUUGGUCCUGCUACAAGUGCUGUAUGCCAGUGUCUUGGCGUUGUCAAUGGUGAGCUAUACUCUCUAGAAAGAAGACGGAUGGAAGGGGUCCGAUUCAUCGCUUCUUGUACAACAUGCACAGAUACCCAUGCCGCUCGCCCUUUGGCGCACCUGCGAAUCUGAGGCAAAAGCAUUACAGAUCAUGCUAGACUACGUCAGGACUUUUAUUGGCUCCUCAUCCAUCAUCGUAUGGUACCUCGCGAUGAUUGAGGGACACCGCCUUGAGAGAUUAUUUCGCCGGCUCCAGAGAACGUGGCACCAUUUCGUGCUGUUUCCAGGUGCAUGCACACUCCUCCCCACACAUCCAUACACACACGAAGGAAUGACGACCAUGAAUGGAUGGAUGGAUGAAUGGAUGGAUGCACGACGAGUGCAGUAUGCUAUUUUGCAUUCAACGCUUUGUACCUGGAGCAUCGACUUCGGCCGUAUGCCCUCAUUUUUCUGUCGUGAGUGAGACACGCAAGGAGGCACCUCGGGAGCAUUGAGGCUGAAAACAAACGCAUGUUUCCUGUCUCGUCACGUCUGUCACCUACAGACUGGGACACGUGGGCUUGGGGAUCCUGACACCCCUUGGAUUCUUCUGGCAAGCAACAAGAGACAUGCCCAAUGUGGUUAAGAGGCGAUGGCUGUACGUACUGCAAAUGAUGUUCAUCCUGAGUGUUUCGGUUGUGGGCCAAUUUUUCUGGGUUGGCAUAUUCCUCCCGAGAGGUGAGAGGGCGGCGACAGACACCGCGAGGGCCCGAGUGGCGUUCACAUGUCUCCUGGCCUGUUGGCCGUUGGUGGCCGUGGUGAAUGGGAGUAUGCGAAAGAUGAAAGAUGGGCCGCCGCUCUACAAUUACAGCGUCAUUUACUACCUUGUACACGUCACAUAUACAUAGAGAGAGAAAGAUUUUCAUGUCACGAAAGUGUGGUUGUCAGUGUCUCGGCUCGCUCGUCGUGCCUCGGCUCCUACAGGUCACGCAGCCGGAUGACGUAUGAGUGUGCAUCAAGGUUUUUGUGCUGGUCUUUACCUUUCUAUCCACCGCAUGUUUUUGCAGGCGAAGAUGGUGAAUCUUAGCAGCAAAAUUAUAUCGUCUUUCUUAUUCGCCCUCUACGAUCUUCUUGGCGAUCUGGCGGUGCCCUAUGCUGACAUGCUCCACGCCAAGAUCAUCCGAAUACUCAAGCGGACACGUGACAACCAAUCAGCCAAGCCGGCACACAAGACAGGGGCCUUCAACGCGAUCAAAGGCCGCUCGCAGCACGUUGCUGAGUCCCGGGCCGGCAGCAGCGAGACAAUUAGUACCGGAGCAUCCAAGAGCCGUGCGGCCAAAGGAGAGCCGCGGCGAUCGUCGAGUGAGAUCUAUCAGAGUGUGAUGCGGGCAGGCCGCAUGCAGUCAAGAUCAAGCGGGCUGUCAUCCAUGGCGUCCGUGGUCGAUCUGCAGAGCAAUUUCAUGGCCUAUGACGUCCGUCCGAGGUACCUUCGUGCGUUGGCGGACCAAACCCAUGCCUACAACCAAGCCGAAAGCGUGGUUCUCAUAUUCAUCAAUCUGUCGUUGAUGUUGAUGGAGCAGCUGCUGUCUCCCUCGCUGCCCCGGCUGUUCGAGAGGCUGGGCGGGCUGUGUCUCCUGGUCGCCAUCGAGAUGGCAUGCGAAGUCGUCCUGUUUAUGGUGGGUGCCAGUCCUGGCUAGUGAGAGGGAGACGGGAGAGAGACACAGGGGACAUUCCACACAGUCUGCAUCUCCCAUUCGUGUGUGUAUGCGUGUGUAUCUUAUGUGUCUAGGUGGCAGUGCGGCUGCACAACCUGCCUGUUUUGCGAUGCGAGGAUGAGCCUGGUGUAA